UUAGCGCGUAGGACAUGCGCGUCUGCUGAAUAUUAAUAUACGGGUGCGCCAAUCCGAGCCUGGGAGCGCGCUUUUCAGAGACGCUCUGUGUGGGUUCUCCCAGUCCAGGAUAAAACUGUUUGUCUGCGUUUUGGGGAACACCGUCGGGAACUUAUUUUAUCACCCAUCCAACUGUAGGCUACUAGCCGCUGAGCCACAUGAUUAGAAUCACCAUCUCUCUCUCCCCGUGGAUGUUUUUUUACUGAAUUGCUCGAGAUAACCACGGAUUGAGGAUUAUUUCUGUUAGGGUCCCAUGCUGUAGCGCUCCAUGGACAUACCCUUCCCCAGUGCCCGGGAGGCCAGUCAGCUUCUGUAAAUGAGGUGGCCAUGGAGAGAAGAAGCGGCUGUGGAGUACAUCAGAUCUGCUUUCUGUUUCUCUUACUGUUUUCACUGUAUCCUGUCUGCUGUCGAGCCAGUUGGAUGUGGUUGGGAAUAACCUCCGUGGGAGUACCAGAGAAGCCGGGCUGCGCCAAUCUCCCGCUGACGCACAAGCAGAAGGACCUGUGCAAGAGAAAGCCCCAUCUCCUGCCAAGCAUCAAGGACGGCGCGCGCAUCGGCAUCGCGGAGUGCCAGACGCAGUUCGAGCACGAGCGUUGGAACUGUUCUACGGCCAAAGAGCUCUCUGUGUUUGGCUACGAGCUAACCAGUGGGACCAAGGAGACAGCGUUUAUCCACGCGGUGAUGGCGGCUGGGCUGGUCCAGGCAGUGACGCGCUCCUGCAGUGCGGGCAAUAUGACAGAGUGCGGCUGUGACACCAGCCUGCAGGGCACAGGCUCGCCAAGCGAAGGGUGGCACUGGGGCGGCUGCUCAGACCAUAUCCAGUACGGUACAUGGUUCAGCAGGAAGUUCAUAGAUAAUUCAGUGAAGAAUAUGUCCUCAGCCAGGGGAGGGGAUGCACUGCUCACCAUGAACCAGCACAACAGUGAAGCCGGGAGACAGGCUGUCGCCAAGACGAUGGCCACCGACUGCCGUUGCCACGGUGUGUCGGGAUCGUGUGCCGUCAAGACGUGCUGGCGCACCAUGGCGUCGUUCGAGCGCGUGGGCAACUUCCUGAAGGAGCGCUACGAGGGAAGCGUGCAGGUGCUGGACCGCUCCAAGAGGAAGGUGAGGAGGAAGGAGAAGGACCAGCGACGUGUGCCCAUCGGGAAGGAAGAACUUAUCUUCCUCAACAAGUCUCCUAACUACUGUCUGGAGGACCGGCGCUGGGGCGUGGCGGGCACUAGAGGGCGCCGGUGUAACCGCACCUCGGCCGGCCCCGACGGGUGUAACCUGCUCUGCUGCGGUCGAGGGUAUAAUACACACGUGGUUCGCCACGUAGAGAGGUGCGAGUGUAAGUUUGUGUGGUGUUGCUAUGUGAGGUGUCAGAAGUGUGAGAGCAUGAAUGACAUGCACACGUGUAAAUAGGGAGGGGGAGGCAGGUGAUGGCACACACAAACACUCACACUGUCCCCAAUGAGAGACUAAAAGACUCCCCCAUCAUUCCUCUCUCCCAUGGACAAGGGGGGCGGCGCAGCACCAACAACCCUCCAUCUCAACUCUCAGGAAGACGGUAUUUAUACACCACACCAUCAGAGGUGGACAAAGACAGUGGAAAAUAGUUGACUUUGAUUGGCCUAUCAGGGCCCAGCCUUGUAGGAAGCUAUCCAAUGGGACAGGAGUUCCACAGUGUUUCAGAGACUUGAGGAUCCACACACUCUGACUACCAAACAUGGACAUCUUCAUGAUUUACUCAAGAGUAGAAAUGAGCCACAAAACUCAAUGAUAAAAACAAACCGAACUUUGAUGAAAGUUAAAACCUCACUCUUCAAGUCUUCAAAUGGACUCUGUUCUCCUCUUACACAUCAUUCACCAAGGGACCAAAAAGUGCCUGUAGGGGGGCGGCAACCCAGUCCUGCUGGGCCGCAACAGUGUCAUUACAUUUCCAGAUCAGAACGAAGUCUCAUAUAGACAACUGCAGGCUAGAGCUAUAGACAGUACAGGGAUUGGGAAACAGUCAGAGGUUGCCAUCUUUUGUGUCAUUUCUGGGGCUCUCUUACAGGCUAGGGAGUAAGGACAGACCCAUGGCUUUAUGGUGAUUGAUGGUGGAUAGGUUAGACUUAUUCUUGUUGGAAAGCUUGCAGUAUCAAUGCAUAGAAAUAAGUCUUGAAAUAAUCAUUCAAAUGCUUUGUAUUUUUGGAAUAAACUGCUAAUGACUUCAAAAAUAUAUGGUACCAUGACAUUUUUAUUUUAGAUAUUUUGGAAAGGUUUCUUGAAAUGUACCAUUUUUUUUUUUUGCUAUUCAGAUUGCACAAGUCAGGGCAGGGUAAAGCGCCGGGUGCUUUGACUGAGAAUAUGUCAGAUGACGUAAUAUUUUUGUAAAUGGUUUACAUUUUGUAAAUAUUAAAAGGAUGCUGCGUCACACAAUGAGUGUCUUAAGAUUCAAGCCCAUCCAAUUCUCUCAGACAUACAGCAUGUGUUUGUCAAGCUGUACCACUUAAUGUGUUGGUUUUCUGUUUGUCAUCAUUGUAUUACCAAGAUCCUUUGUUAUCCUUUUGCUGUCCGAUCAACUUUUUCUCUUUCCUGUGUUUGUGUUUGGAUCCGAAACCAGCUAUAAAUGAAGGAAUGCAUCAAUGGAAUGGAGCAGUUUGUUCUCAGUAGACCCACUGACAGCAGGACCAUGGAGAUGCUUGAGUUGGUUUUGGAGCAUUCCUCUUGCUGUCUCUUAAGAAUUUAAGCCUAUUCCGUCUCUUCCUCUCUCUCCUUUCG